AGCCACAGCAGGGCCUCCACCUGUGUCUAGCUUUCUGUGAAUUUCGCAUCCAGAGGCUGCCGGCUGACAACGAGACGGAGCUGUGGUCUCCAGCCGAGGGUCCUGGGCACCCAGAGGCAGGAUGUUUCAGGAAAGGGGAGGAAGGAGGGGUGCCAGGGAGAGGCAGGCUAGGCCCGGAGGCCAGCCCAGCCUGUGCCAGCAGUCACCCAGAAGCAGGGAUGGGCACCAGCCGUGGUGCCCCCCCCGGGGCCCACCUGCCCCUCCUGCGUGUGGGCAGCUCUCCGGCUGCUCCCCCUCUGUCCUUGCUUAAAUGCCCCCAGUGAUGAGUCCAGACCUUUCUCAGGUGCCCUGGAGACCUGGAGUCUACGUGGCAGGUGGCGCCAGUGUUCCCGGGGUCCACUUCCUGGAGGCCUCGGGCUGCCCCCUGUGCUGACUGCUGACCCCGUGGUUGAUUUCCUGCCUCCCUUGCCCAUGGACCGUGGGCCCCACUGCCCCAGGCUGCCCGCAGGAUCCCGGCCCCGUGAGAGCAUCCGUGCUGCGUGCCGUGGCCUGAGCUGGGAAGGCGCUCUGGCACGAAGGCUCCCACCUGCCACCCCUGAGCCCUCAGACCCUGGCUGAGAGGAGACGGGGCCGGCGCCGCGGGGUUCCCUGCGGCCCGAGCUGUUGGGCGUUACGUUUGGGGUGGCCUUGGCACUGGCAGUUCUGCUCCAGCCAAGAUGUUUGUCGCUUCCUCCCAAGACCACCCGUCACCUGUGGUGCAUUGAAAAUGAUUCGCGUGGGAGAGCCGGGAAGACGUGGCCAUGAGCAUGGCUGUGGAAGGGGACUUUUCCCAAGUCGAGGCGCAGCCUCUCCUCGUAGACACAGUCUCAGGCUCCCUGGAGAGCUUUCUGCAGAAUUUUGGAAAAGCACAGCCGGCCCCAGAAGUGGCUGCUCCCUCUGCCCCAGCUGGGCUUGUUCCCAAGGUCGCCGUCAUGACGCUCACGCUCUUCCCCGCCCGGCUGCUGUUCGCCGCCUUCAUGAUGCUGCUCGCCUGGCCCCUGGCGCUCGUGGCUUCGCUGGGAUCCGCCGAGAGGGAACCGGAGCAGCCCCUGGCCUUGUGGCGGAAGGUCGUGGACUUGCUGCUCAAGGCCAUCAUGCGUGCCAUGUGGUUCGCCGGCGGCUUCCACCGAGUGGCCGUGAAGGGGCGGCAGGCCCCGCCCGCUGAGGCCACCAUCCUCACGCUGGCGCCGCACUCCUCCUACUUCGACGCCAUCCCUGUCACCAUGACCAUGUCCUCCAUCGUGAUGAAGGCGGAGAGCAGAGACAUCCCGAUAUGGGGAAGUGAGUGCCCCCAUCCUGCUGGGACGCUGAUAAAGUACAUCCGGCCAGUGUUCGUGUCCCGGUCCGACCAGGAUUCCCGAAGGAAGACGGUGGAGGAGAUCAAGAGACGGGCGCAGGCUGGCGGGAGGUGGCCUCAGAUAAUGAUUUUUCCAGAAGGCACGUGUACCAACAGGACCUGCCUCAUCACCUUCAAGCCUGGCGCCUUUAUCCCGGGAGUGCCCGUGCAGCCCGUGGUUCUGCGGUACCCGAACUCGCUGGACACCAUCACGUGGACCUGGCAAGGACCCGGAGCGUUGAAGAUCCUGUGGCUCACGCUGUGUCAGUUUCACAAUCAAGUGGAAAUUGAGUUCCUGCCUGUGUACCACCCGUCGGAGGAGGAGAAGAAGGACCCCGCCCUGUACGCCAGCAACGUGCGGCGGGUGAUGGCACAGGCCCUGGGCAUCUCCGUGACCGACUACACUUUUGAGGACUGCCAGCUGGCCCUGGCGGAAGGCCAGCUCCGUCUCCCCGCGGACACCUGCCUGCUGGAGUUUGCGCGGCUGGUGAGGGGCCUGGGUCUAAAACCAGAAAAGCUCGAGCAAGGUCUGGACAGACACGCAGAAAGCGCUCGGAGGAAGCCCCGCGGAAGGGUGUCCCUCCCGGAGUUUGCGGCACAGCUGGAGGUCCCCCAGUCGGAGGCGCUGCAGGACCUGUUCUCCCUGUUUGAUGAGAGCGGCAGCGGCGAGAUGGACCUGCGGGAAUUCGUGGUCGCCUUGUCCGUCGUGUGCCGGCCCUCCCGGACCCUGGACACCGUCCAGCUGGCAUUCAAGAUGUACGGGUCCCAGGAGGGUGGCAGCAUAGACGAGGACACCCUGUCCAGCAUCCUCAAGACCGCCUUGGGGGUGGCCGAACUGACGGUGACCGGCCUCUUCCGGGCAAUCGACCAGGAGGAGAAGGGCAGGAUCACGUUCGACGACUUCAAGAGGUUCGCGGAGGCGAACCCCAACUUUGCGGAGGAACACCUGUACCCCGAGCAGACGCGCCCCCCGAGCUGCGUGCACCCGCUCCCGGCCCCCACCCCCAACGGCUUCUGCGCCGACUUCAGCCCCGAACCCUCGGCCGCUGGAAUGGAGCCUUUUCGUAAGAAACUGGACUAGGAUGGAAGGUUCUGGAGAGACCAGCCUCCCCCCGGCUGCCGCCGCCCUGCCUGUGUGACGACACCUGGGGCUCGCCCUCCCCCACGCUGUCCCUUUCCUGCCCCUGGGCCCAGGCCUCGGGGACGCGGGGUCGUUUCGUCGGGGAGCCAGCGGGGCACACAGCCCGGCCUCGAGAUCAGGGGGCAGCUCCGGCCCGGCGCCACUUUGUGGUCCCCCCGCCCCAGCCACCACCCGCCCCCGGUUCUGUUCCCACCCACCGUGGGGCCCGGGCGGCGCCGGCCCGCACCUCCCCACACACACACACACACACACACACACACACACACACACACGAGCGGCCGUGUCCCCAGCUCCAGCACAAAGACUGCCCCCCCGCCGCCGAGUCUGGGCAGAGCCGCCGUCUGAUUUUUAAAUGUUUCUAUAUUUGCAGGAGCUCAUGAGUAUUUUAUAAACUUCAUUUAGAUACUACAGGAAACAUGCAGCAUUUUUUUUAUAAAAAGAAAAUUGUUUUUCUACUUCAUUUUCCUUUGAGGGUCGGAGGAGAUUUAUUUACAGGCCCUAUUUUGAUAGAACCAGAGGCUGGGGGCUUUGAGUUCGCUUCCUGCCUCCCUGGGCCAGGUGACCCCCCCUGUUGGGCGCCGCCCUCUGCUGGCGCCGCCCUUCCCAGACCCCUAUAGACCAGCUUGGGGUUUCUGUUUCAGUGGGAGCGCGUCUACUUCACCCGAGUGGGAGCCUGACCUGGCGCCACGGGCUGUGAGCUGAGCGGGAGCCUCCCGGGCCAGGUGUCCCCCGGCCGGUGGCUCUGCCCCCCUCCCCCUCCCCGUUCCACCCGGGGUUCCUCUGGGCAUCCUCCGGAGUCAGGGGAGGGGGCCAGGUGCUGCCUUUGUCCCCUUGAUAGUUUUUUCGGGGACUGGAAGCCUAUCCUCAAAGCACAAUGACGACCACAGGCCGAGUUCUUUCCCUGAAGCAAAGCCCCUGGCUUUGUUGUUUGGGAAAUGGUUUUUGAAUUCCUAAGAGGACUGGCUUUUCUCUUGGGGGCAAAUCCAUAGCAAGUGACCACCGGGCGGAAGUGCAGGGAAGACGCUACUGGCUUCCUGGGGGCGGAGAUGAGCCUGUCACUUCCUUCAUUCCAACGCCCCUCCCGCCAGCAGGUGGGGGGGACCUGACAUCAUUCCAGGGCCUUCGGCCCACUGGACACAGGAUUUCCAAAGCAGCCUUGGGAGCGAGAGGCGCUUUCGCGACCGUAGGAUGCGUGAAGAUUCCUUUUUAAAAGAGAAAAACCCACACCCGCCAUGAAGGAGGGAACGACCUGAGAUGUUCGGAGAAGGGGCUCGGCCCCGCGUCUGCGCAUGAAGGGUUUUUGGAAUGAAAUGCCUCUGCGUUUUCAGGAAAAAAUCUCUGAUCAGCAGACCUCGAAUGGAUGUCCGUUCCUCCGGAUUCUCUUUUCUCUUUUGUGAUCACGAGCCUUCAGAACUGUGAAUGUACAGAGCUUGGACUUGAACCCUUUGUGGGUCGAGGAGCCGAGGGGGGGGGGGGCAUCGCCUGCAGGGCCCUGGGGGGGCGCCUCGAAAGGAGCCUUGUCUUCUCGAUGGAAUGAAUAAAACGUGGAGUCUCAUGUA